AUGGACAAUUAUGAUGGUUAUGGUUGGGAAAAUAAUCUCUUCUUGCCCACUGAAGAACUUGUUGACAGUUACUUUGAUGAAUCGUUAUCGUACUACGAUUCCAGUUCACCUGAUGGGUCACAAUCUUCAUCGGCAUCUAAGAACAUAGUUUCAGAGAGAAACAGAAGGAAGAAGCUCAAUGAAAGAUUAUUUGCUCUUAGAGCUGUGGUCCCUAAUAUUAGCAAGAUGGACAAGGCUUCAAUUAUUAAAGACGCCAUUGAUUAUAUUCAAGAACUUCAUGACCAAGAGAGAAGGGUUCGAUCAGAAAUCACGGAUUUGGAGUCAAAGAGGAGCUUUUUUGUGGAAUUCGAUCAAGAAAUGAGCUUCUGCUCUAAACCCAAGCGAUCAAAGUUUGAGGAGAUGAUGCCUUGUGAUUUUGGUGUUUCCAGAUCAUCAAUCCCUGUUGAACUCAUUGAGCUAAGGGUGUCUCACAUGGGAGAGAAGACAGUGGUGGUGAGUCUCACAUGUGGUAAAAGUACAGACACAUUGGUAAAGAUUUGUGAAGCCUUUGAAUCUUUGGAUCUCAAGGUUGUGACUGCAAACAUCACCUCCUUUUCUGAAAAGCUCCUGAAAACUGUCUUCUUAGAGGCAGAGGAGGCAGAAAAAGAUGAUGUAAAAAACAGGAUUGAGACAGCAAUUGCAGCAUUAAAUGGCCCAGACAGCCCUAUGAGCACCUAG